UAUCAACGAAUCGUCGGAAGUAAACAGAGUUUGCAUCUCUGAUUAUUGCUGAAGUGCUUGCUGUUGAGCAGUUGAACGAUCUACAGUAGCCUAGUUCUUGUUCGAUGAUCUCGUGAUGAUAACAUACAACAACGAUAUAGUCUACGGUCUCUGACUGUUUGAAUAAAAAAAUCUUGUGUUGUGGAUACCUAGGUCGUUAAAUGGUAGAAGUAGAAGACGUUGGUGAGGAAGAUGAGGAAGAGCCAAGCACCAUGUCUAGAGUUGGAAGGAAAAUCAAGACUAGCAUUGCAGACUUCUUUGGUGUUGGAGAAGAAGAUGCCAGUAAAUCCCAACGUUGGAAUAACAGAAGAAUGCGGUUUUAUCAUGGCAAAUACCGAGAAGACAAGAUGCCUGGAAAGGACCAGGCAGAUAGUGAUGAUGUUUUGGGGGAUAUGUCUGCCGUGCCACAUGUCUAUGAUCCACUUCGUAAUCCUGCUCGACAUAGCGAGUAUUCUUCCAGGAGAACCACUCCACUUUCUAGCACAAGCACAUAUGCCAGAUCACGGGGCCCUCCUAAAAGACCAAGAAAAGAAUCUGUUGUUAAGAUGACUGUUAAAAGUAUUGCUGGUGCUAGGAAGAAGCUUAGAGGGAAACCGAGUGUACAGCGCCAGAGAAGCUUUGCUCCUGCCAGUCUAGCAGGAGAGUACCCAGACGACCUUUCAGCUAGCAUGAUUUAUCAUUCGUAUGAUGAUGCCUUCAGUCUAGUGGAUGAUGUAUUCUACGAUGAGCCAGCCUUUAGUCCCGAGAUGAGGAUGGAAAAGAUUGGAGAAGAUGCUGAGAUGGAGAUACAAAGUAAAGGAUGGCGACCAGCACAUCGGUAUGGACAUGUUAAAAGCCACCAGAUGGAUGAGGGUGUGCCCCAUUUUGGAAUGAAAAGAAUUGACAAUGUUGUGCGGGAUGAUCUGGAAGACCAAGACAAGCGACAGAUUGGAAUGGGAUUUGUUGGUCGAUUAUUUAACCGUAGUUACCGUAGUGAUCGACUCAGCUCCUACGUCAAGUCACAGAUUGAUGACUUUGAUGAUCACAGACCAUACUUUACCUAUUGGGUGACCAUUGUCCAGAUCCUGUGCUUCAUUGUAUCAGUGGCAGUGUAUGGUAUUGCACCAAUAGGAACAGGGGAAACCGUGAAAACUGAAUAUGUGAUGAUGCCCAACUUGGCUAUAGAGAACAUUCGUUAUGUGGAGAAUGACAAUUUGUGGAUAGGACCUCGCCAGGCUGAUUUGAUCCAUCUCGGAGCAAAGUAUUCACCUUGUAUGAGACGUGAUGAGAACAUAUGGGACGGGAUAGGGAAGGAUCGAGCCGAGGAGAACACGUCUGGUUGUUGUGUGAGAGAUGAUGGCUCUGGGUGUACACAGACGGUCAAAGACUUGUGUGAGCCAACAUUAAACACUUUCAUGAAAUGGAACUCUUCAAAUCCAGGAAAAGGAGGCUUCAUUGCUGGUGCAGUUUGUGGACAGGACCCAAACUACUGUACCAAACCUGCUUCAGUUGAACCGUUUGUGUGGGACAAGAAUUCUAUCACAAAUUGGCCGUACUGUGAGCAAACCAGCAGACCAUCCAGUAACACAACGGUGGUGAGUGAGGGACGUCAUAUGACCUGCGAGAUCAGUGGUCGGCCAUGUUGCUAUGGGAUACAAGGAGAGUGUAUGAUCACCACACGAGAACACUGUGACUUUAUCAAAGGCUAUUACCAUGAGGAUAAAUACUUGUGUGCACAGGUGAAUUGUAUGACAGAGAUCUGCGGAAUGAUUCCUUUCUCUGAUGAUUCGGCACCAGAUCAGUUCUACAGGUUAUGGACGUCUAUGUUUUUACAUGGAGGAGUUUUCCAUCUAGUGAUCACCAUUGGUUUCCAGUUCCUGAUCAUGAGAGACAUAGAGAAAUUGACUGGCUGUAUAAGGAUGGCCAUUAUAUAUGUUGGUAGUGGAAUUGCUGGUAACCUUGCCAGCUCCAUUUUUCUACCGUAUCAUGUAGAGGUUGGGCCAGCUGGAGCCCAGUUUGGCAUCCUGGCCUGUCUGCUGGUGGAAGUUCUACAGAAUGUACAGAUGCUGAAGAGGCCAAUAAUAGCCAUCCUCAAGAUUGGUGGUUUUAUCCUCUUCCUUUUUCUGCUGGGACUGCUGCCAUGGAUUGACAACUGGGCUCACAUCAGUGGCUUCCUUUUUGGUUUCCUGUUAGCAUUUGCACUCAUCCCUUAUGUGUCCUUUGGACAGUGGGACAGGCGGAGGAAGAUCAUCGGGAUUGUUUUGUCACUAGGGGGCGCCACUGCCUUGUUUAUAACUCUAAUAGUGUUGUUUUACGUGCUUCCCCUUUAUAACUGUCCUGGCUGUCAGUACUUUAACUGUAUCCCAUUUACCACAAAUUUCUGUAAAAACAUGGAGGUAGGCAUAGACCGUGAGUCUACUUACAGUUCUAACCUCUAACACAGAAUUUGUAUGAUGCCAUCCACAAUUAUCUGCAUGCUGCUGCUGAUAUUGUGUUACUGAAUAAAUCUGUUACAUGGUGUAAAUUUGACCAUAUAUUAAGGCAGCUUUGUUUCUAUAAAUUAAAACAAGCAUUCAUAACCACCUUAAAUUGCCUCAACGGAACAAUUAUAUUACAUGUAUGUGGUUUUUACUCUGACAUGAACAAAGCAGUUUGUUUAUUUACAUGGUAGACUUUAUUUCAAUAAAUGUUGAUAUAAUCAUUGUAAUAAUAGGGAUUUUUAGUCCUGUGUAUUGUUUAACAGACAUUGCAUUGGUUUGCCUUUCAGUGUCAAUGUUGUCAGGAUAAAGCACUCCAUGACAUUUUAUAAUGCGAGUUAAAAAGUAAAUUAUUCAUAGAAUUCUGUUAGAAUAAUAAAGUAGUUUUAAGAGGAUAUUAAAAAUAGGUUUGAUGAGCCUCCUUAUUUGCUGAAGUGCAAACAGCACUUAAUAUACAUUUUCUGAACUAUAGGUAUGUAGUACAAUGUAUGCAUUUCUGUAUAGUGUCAGCUUUGAAUGUCAUUGUCCAUUGCUUAUCUAUAUCUUCUUCGUGAUAGUAUUUUUAGCUCACAUGGCACAAUAUGCCAGUGAGCUUAUGGUAUGGUGCACAAGUUGGCAUGCAUCAACAUGCAGAAGAGUACAUUAAAGUUUCCUUAUAAUUUCAAUAUCUCAGGGGUCAAAUGUGUUACAAACUUCAAGAAUCUUCUCAAGAUCCAGACAGCCCAGAGAGCUGAUAUUUUGCCAGCAGAUACUUACAGUAGAAUACAUUAUUUUCAUAUAAAUGACCUUGACCUAUUUUCAAGGUCACUGGGGCAAAAUAGCUUAAAGUUCAUUUGUGAAUCUUAAUCUCAUGUUCUGAAAAAUGCAGGGUACUCAUCUUUGGCCUCUAGGUUCCUGCUAUGUACUGAUAUGACUUUUACUCAUUUUCAAAGUCAAAGAUUUGUCAAUUUUGGUAGCAGGUUACAAGGAUUGAGUGGUUUAAAGAUUCUGCGUGCAAAUGAGCUUGGCCAAUUUUCAAGUCACCAUUGUGAAAUAUGUUACCAUGUACACUACACAGGAUGAACAGCAUGCUCCACAUCACAAUUCACAUUGCUACAAGUAAUGGUUUUUACAUUAUUUAUGUUUGAUAUAACCAAGAGGUAAUUUUUGGUAUUCGAACUUGGACAAUGCAUCUAUGCAAAACUCUACAUUAUGAUUAUCAGUGAAUCAUAUCGCCUUUGUUAUAAAUAUUGUAUAUUAAUUUCUAAAACAUCACUAAUAUACUACGGUCAACAUGAAAAUUGGAAAGAGUAAUUUUGCCAAAUUUCCUUUCUGGUCAUGUGAGCAAUUCAGGUCCUCUGGGCCUCUUUUCUAUUCAUAUUAUGUACAUGCUAUUGCUGUGAUAUUACAUUGUAUACUGUAAUUAGGUAAAAACAGCAAAAAAACAAAUCUUGAUGUUUCAGACUAUAUUGGUGUACUUGAUACAUCAUUAGCCAGCUUUAUACAAGUACAGUACUAUAUUAUAGUGAUUUGUAUUUCUAGAUUUAUAGUGGAGAUACAGGGACUAAAUCAGAAUGCUAAGUGAUGUAAAUUGGAACAAAAAUUUGAUGAACUACGCAUAUGCAUAUAAUAUAAUAUGUUAUCUUGAGGUCUGAAUGUACAUUGGCAUCAUUACCAACCAUAUCCCAAGAUGCAGGCAAAUUAACAACAGAAUUAUGUACAUAUUCAGUUAUAGGUGAAACCUCGAGAGAAAUUGAUAUUACUUUGAUCUAACCUCCUGUAGCAGUAUAAGGUGUAUGUGACCAUGUUGUAUCAUGACUUAAGCAAUAAUUUUGUACAAUAUAUCGUUUUUUAAUUUUAUAGAAUUUUGAAGGCUUUGUUAUUUAUAGUACAUGUACUAGCUGGGGUAAAGAGUAGUAAACUUUUUAGCUGCAGAGAAACCUUUAUUUUCUGCAACAUGUUUUUAUAAAAGUUUUUGGAGAAGGAAAAUUAUAUCUAACAAGUUUUAUCAAAUACAAUAUGUAUUUACUUUUAAUGCUCCUCAUCUGUGAUAUUUAUGAUGUGAUUUCAUGCCUUAGAACUUAUACAACUCAGCUAUCUGUAUGUCUGGUUUUCUAAUUAAAAUUAAGUGUAAAGCAGA